GUCUAACUUGACUAUGGUCAACUCUGUCCUGUCCUCCUCCUCCUCCUCCUCCUCCUCCUCCCCCUCCGUCUCUAACAGCAGCAUCCCUGGCUCCUCGCAAAGAACAGCGGGUGUUUGUAAGACUCAGUAUACGCAAAGGGAGGGGUCCUGGCCUGGGCGCGGAUGCCGAAGAGGCCCCGGGGCCGCCGCUGGAUGGAGCCGGGCUGCAUACACACAGCAAUGGCUAUGGGUCUGACAUCGAAAAAGGCGUCUGCUCGGAGCGUCGGCGUGGAGCGAAAAAACCUCAUCACGGUUUGCAGAUUCUCUGUAAAAACCCUUCUGGAAAAGUACACAGCAGAGCCCAUAGAUGAUUCAUCCGAGGAGUUUAUUAACUUUGCCGCCAUUUUGGAACACAUUCUCAGUCACCGCUUCAAAGGUAACACUGCAGGUUCAGGAAGCUGGUUCAGCUCAGACGGCCAGCGCAGUUUCUGGGAAUAUAUCCGGCUGGCAUGCAGCAAGGUGCAGAACAACUGCAUCGGCAGCAUUGAAAACAUAGAGAACAUCAGCACGUCACGAGCCAAGGGGCGUGCAUGGAUUCGAGUGGCGCUGAUGGAGAAACGUCUGUCUGAAUAUGUGUCCACUGCUCUGAGGGACACAAGAACAACCAGGAGGUUCUAUGAUGAUGGAGCCAUCAUGCUGAGAGAAGAGGCAACAGUCUUGACUGGCAUGCUGAUUGGACUGAGUGCCAUUGAUUUCAGUUUUUGUUUGAAGGGGGAGACUCUAGAUGGGAAAUCCCCAGCUGUGAUUGACUACACACCCUACCUGAAGUUCACUCAGAGCUAUGACUACCUGAGUGAUGAGGAGGACCGCCGCAGCGUGGACAGCAGUAACAGCGAGGAGAGCGUCCCAGAGCAUCCCUACAUCCCUCUGGUGACCGAUGAGGAGAGCUGGAGCAACAAGUGUCGCAAGAUGGAGCAAAGGUUUAAGAUUGUCUAUGCCCAGAAGGGUUACCUGGAGGAGUUGGUGCGCCUGCGGGAGUCACAGCUGAAGAAUGUGGAGACAGAGAACAAGCGUCUGAGAGCCAAGGUGGAGGAACUGAUGGUCCAGGGCCAGCAGGAGAAGAAAGAGCUGGAGGCCAUCGUGCUGGAGCUGCAGGCACAACUCUCAGCCCUCAUGCCCCGUGAUUCCUCCCAUCUGGCUAAAGGCCUCUCCACCCCGCUAGUCAACCAGUGGUCCACCAUCACAAACAGCCGAGGCGAUGUGAAGCUUUUCCGCAGGAGGAGUUUCCACAGUUUGGAGCAGCUUUCUGCUGAAGUGAGUCUGAACUCUGACUCUCAGAAGCUUGAUGGGAGCCAGAACGGAGAUGCUGCCUGGACCUCAGUGGGAAAAGACAACACUCCUUCCCUGCUGGGUCUGUGUGGCUCUCUGGCCUCAUUACCAAGCUCCAAGUCCUUGGCCAGCCUCAAGUCCAGCGAGUGUUUGGUCAAUAUCAGCACUGAACCCAGCCCUGCUCUCUCUCCCAGCUAGGAGCUCCAGACCCACAACAGUGGAGACUUAACCCCCAGCCUGUCUGCCUGGUGAUGCUGCGUUGACCAUGUCUAACCACCUGACCAAUCUCCUGCUCCCACCAUCCACCCAGCUUCAUGAGAAUAUGACGUGAAAGUCAUAAUGUGAUCUGGAUUUUUGUACAGCUGAAAGGAUCCAUCACUUUUGGUUCUUCCCCUUCUUCUCACCUUAUUUCCUCAACUUUUUGCAACUGCUCUCCCACCGCCACUUAGUACUGUCGUGGAUCCUUUCGUCCAUGAUCAUGCAAACUCCUGUUAAAUCUUUUCCAGAACAUCCAUUCAUUUCCUUUAAGUGUUUUUUCACCUUGCUCCUUAUCUCAAUAUUAGUAUGCCUUUGGCCUUUUUGUUUAUUCUCUUAUCAAAAUGUAACCAAAACAGCACUUGCAGCUCUUUGGAUGCAGCCACUUGCAAAGAAAGAUGUGAUCAUCAUUAUAAGUGAUCCAGGUUAUCCAUAUAGAUUAUAGGAUGAAUUAAGAAGAAUGUUUUAUGAGUGUGACUUGAGUGUGUCAGUCCUGCUUGACCACAAACUGUUAACAGGGUUUAAAUCUGUUCAGCUAUUUAUUGAGUCUAUCAAAUCUUAAGAUACAACAUAUGUUCGUUUAUCUCAUUUUAGCCAUUACAGCAUUGUGUGUUCUUUUUAGGCAUGUAAAAUAUACUGGAUUUUAUUUUUGUUUUGUGUUGCAAUAAAAUGCCUUUUCCAUUAAUUUUUCUCUGUUUCUGCAGAACACACUGUUGUCUGAAGAGUAAUGUCAGAAUCUUUCAGAGACACAGAAAGACUGUGCUGAAAGCCGUGAUUUUAAAACUGGUUCCAAAGGAGAGGGUUAAUAGCGAUGCUGGACUGAGCAGCCAGCAGGAUGGGACACAUGCUCUGGCUCCAUCUUGUGGUUUAACAUAAGGUGUAGCAUAAUGCUUAAAUGUCCUGAAUGCUCAUUUUUUAAAGAAGAA